AUAUUCAGAAUCCACUUAAACAUAUUGGAAAAGAGUGUCCUCCUAAAAGGCAAAUAAAAUCAGCAAUUGAACAAUCAAAAAAAGUAAACAUUCAGCUGAUACUUUGUCCUGUGCUUCUUGUCAGUAUAGUAUUUGUAAAA